GCCUCUCAGAACAAACGCAUUAAAAGAAGAAUUUUAAAGAUUUAUUAAUUUAUCUUAAUUAACGUAGAUAGGGAGCCAUGGGAACCCGAAAAUGUUGUGUCAAAGAGUGCACUUCAGAGGAGGGAAAUGAAGGAAUCACUUUUCAUCGCUUCCCUCAGACAAAUCAUGAAAAUGCAGAAAAAUGGCUAAAAGCAUGCAAGUUUGAGUCGAGUUUUAAGCCAAAUAAACACAGUUUCGUGUGUUCACAGCAUUUUCGUCGAGAGAAUUUCACAAUUUUACAAUCUGGCAAAAUAAUUCUUAAAAGUCUUACAGUUCCAUCAAUAUUUCCAUGGAAUAAAGAUACAGUAGUUGUCACAAAAGCCACAAUAUCAAUCGCUUCAGAUGGAGAAUCGCCUGAUAAGAAAAAGAAGCCAGAAAAAUCAAAAGACGAUACAACAAUUACCGAAAAGAUUAAGGAUGAAACAGGAUCUCCGAAAAAGGAAGUCACAACGCCAACAAAGAUUGAGGAACCACUAAAAGCUCAAAGUUCAAAGAAGAGAGGUUGUAAUGCUAAGAAAAAGGAGAUUCCAAAGCCUUUACUUUCACCAGAAAAGCCCAAAAAGUCGUCAAAAAGACUUUCUGCAAAAUUACAACAAAAUGAAAUUCAAGCUAAGAAAGCUAAAGUUGAAGAAACAGAAGAAGAAUCUGUUGAUACACCAGUUACAGUGAAAUCAGAUCCAAUUGUAUCUACGCCAAAGAAAAAAAAUCUUAUUGUCAACUUUAUUCCUGGAAAUACAAUUGAAGCUCAAAAUUUCGACGGAAAAUGGAUUCCUGUCAAGAUUAUUGAAGUUGACACUGAUGAAAGAGAGGUUCUAGUCAGAUCUGCAGACAAAAAUAACAAGGCAAAGGCAGGAAUUAAUGAUGAAUGGAUUUCGAUGGAUAGUCCACGUUUAAGACCAGCACAGCCAACAGUGACGUUUGAAGUUGGUGAAAAAGUAUUAGCAAGAUGGAAUGAUUGCCGUAAAUUUCCUGCAACAAUUAAAAGAGUCUGUGAAAAUGAUUCUUAUGAUGUUCUCUUUGAUGAUGGAUAUCCAAAAAUAGUGCGAGGAAUUCAUAUUCACAAAUAUUCAGCUAAAAAUGCUCCAAAAGGACAUACGACAGAACCUUCACCAGUUUUAAUUAAUCCAUUAUUCCUAAAUCCACCAAGUUUGAUUCCUGACUAUAUAAAAGAAAUGAAAGACCUUCCAAAAGGUCCUUCAGAAGGAGAAUGGUGUUGUUUAUGGGUCGAUGAUAUUCCAGUUGGUGAAGAAUCAACAUUUGAUGGAACACACGGCAAAGUUCCAUCAAUAAUAAUUCCAGAUUGGCGAAUUAAGGAUGGAUGGCAAAAACACAUAUAUUUAAGACAAAAUGGGAAGUGGGAUGUGCUAUUUAUAAGUCCAACAAAUCGAAGAUUGAGGUUCAAAAAUGAAUUGAAAGCAUAUUUAGCUGAGAUUGGUGAAAUUUAUGAUCCAGAAAUUUGGGAUUUUAGCCUUCACAAGAAAAGAUCAAAAGCUUUAGAUCUGUGCAUUCAAUCUGGCAAAUUUAAGCAUCAAUCUAUGCCUCAUUCAUUUCAAAUUAAGAACCAACAAUCAGCCGAUGGAACAUUAUUCAGUAAUCCAUUCGCAAAUCUUGGAGCUCUGCCUUAUGUCCAGCCAAAUCUCGUUACAGCAGCUCCAAUUCAAACAGAAGUGUGUGUUGGAUCAUUAAAAGUUAAAGUAAUUAAUAAUAAUUAUCACUGUCCAGGCAGUUCAUGUGACAAAAUAUUCAGAAAAGAAAAUCAUUUACAAAUUCACAUUAAACAUUAUCAUGAAAACUUGGCUAAACUUAUGGGUGAAUGUCCAAAUAUGGAGGAUUUAGCAUAUUUAAGAACGACUGUAGAUGAGGCUGAAAUAACAAUGGUCAAGUCUAAUAGAAAGUCAAAUUUAAUGAAAGAAAAGUCAAAAACACGACAUGAAUUUAAUGAUUCCUUCAAGGAACCGCAUGUAAAGUUGGAAAAUAUCUCGGCAGAAUUAAAGCUUAUUGCUCAGCGAUCACCAAUUUUAGAAGAAGCUUUAAAAGCACCUUUGAUUACGAGUCAAAUGACUCCAGUCAAAAAUGAGUCGGAUUUGGACAGUAAUUUAGAAUCAACACCAAAUUCGUUCGAUCCUGAAUCUCUAAUUCCACCUUAUUCAGUUACUCGUCCAAAUCUGAAAGCUCACACAAGACGCAAAAUGAGGAUAAGAUUUAAUCCAAAACCAAAGAAGCAUGGCCAGAAGAAGCACAAAUUUGACUAUCAGAAUGGAGAAGGUGUAUCGGCAGUUGAAGGUGUGAUUCCAUACAAUGAAGGGCCGUACUUUAAGAAUCAACAGCAAUCAAGCUAUAUCGAUGAAAAUGGUGAAGUCAUUAAAAUUGUCCGAAUGAAGAAGGAAGAAAUAAUUAAUUGCGUUUGUGGAUAUGGCGAGGAAGAUGGAUUAAUGAUUCAGUGUGAAUUAUGCUUAUGUUGGCAACAUGGAAUAUGUCAUGGAUAUGAAAAGUCUACUCAAGUACCUGAUAAGCAUGUCUGUUUAAUCUGUAAAAAUCCGUACAGACAACGGACAUCUAAGAGAUUCUUUCAUGAUCAGGAUUGGUUGUAUGAUGGAAAAUUGUCAAUUGCCAAUUAUCAUCUUCCAAAUCCUAAACAAACAGCAAGAUUUGAUACACUUAAGAGUUGCCAUACCUUAAUUGGAAAUUUGAUUGAAAUGAAAAAGUUCAUGAAUAGUUUGGACGUAAAAAUGAAUAUUGCUGAGAAUAUUGAGCAUCCAAAAAUGUAUUUAUGGGCAAAAAAAUGGGAACAAAGUCCACCAAGAGAAAGUAUCGACAAUAAGGAUGAUAUAAAGCUUGGAGCUGAUAUUAAGAUUCAGUCUGUGGCACCAGAACCUGAAGCAGCAAUAGAACCAAGGAAGUGUCAACAAAAUCUACUGGAUCAUAUCCAAAAUCAGCAAAAUACAGUCAAGAUGCGGUUGGAUAACAUUGAGAAGGAAAUUGGCGUUCUUGAGGACGAAGGGUCAUCAAAAAUUCUCAAUGGGAAGAAACCAAUCGAUGACAGCACAUUGAAGCAAACUCUUUACAUGCUCAUUAAUGAUAUGAAGCAAAUGAAUGACUUUUCAGACAUCCAUAGAAAUCCAAUUGAAGAAUCUUAAAAAGCCAGUUUUAAUGUAGGAUAAAGUAAGUGCUUUAUUUAUUCACUAAGAUACAUAAUGGUAAAAAGAACAAUAAAGUUUGUACACACUCAGAAAGUUUGAAAGAAUAAAAUAAUGUUCAAAUGGAGAUCAGAAAUUUAAUACAAUUUUUAAUGUGAUGUAGACAUACUGAAGAUUAGAAUCGUUCACGAUUUAUUUCCUUUUAAAAUUAGUUUUUUUUUUAUCGACCACCCACUUCCCUGUAAAGUCCUACAACCCUCUUUUAUUAAAUAAUGACACACCUUAUUUUCUAAUUUUGGAAAUCAUGAAUGAACGAAGCCUUUUUAACGCAUUUUCCUGUACGAUAGUA